AUGUCUCGUCCCAACGGCCUCGAAAACGAGCCGGCUCAGGCGCAGUCCACAACGACAACAUCCGGCCAAGUGGUUCAACCUUCCAUCACGACUCCCCACGAAGAGUUCCAAUACCUCAACCUGAUCCGCAACAUCCUCGACAACGGCGAACACCGUCCCGACCGAACGGGCACAGGAACAUUGUCCAUACCCUUUCCGGCACAACACAAAUACACGCUAUCAAGACCCGACGGCAGCCUGAUCCUCCCCCUCCUCACAACCAAACGCGUCUUCCUCCGUGCCGUCCUCGCCGAACUCCUCUGGUUCGUCGCCGGUGACACGAACGCAAAGACACUGCAAGACCAGAAUGUCCACAUCUGGGACGGUAACGGCUCACGAGAGUACUUGGACUCCGUCGGACUGGGACACAGAGAAGUCGGAGACCUGGGCCCCGUCUACGGCUUCCAAUGGCGGCAUUUCGGCGCCGAGUACAAAACAUGCCAUGACGACUACAUCGGACAAGGACGGGACCAAUUGGCUGAAGUCAUCCACAAAUUGAAGAACGACCCGUACGAUCGGAGGAUCAUACUGAGUGCAUGGAAUCCAGCGGACCUGAAGAAGAUGGCUCUACCGCCCUGUCACAUGUUUGCGCAAUUCUACGUCUCCUUCCCGCCAUCUGCACCUACGCGAACUGACGGCACGAAGCGCGGGACUCUACAUACACUCCUCUACCAACGAUCGAAUGACAUGGGACUUGGGGUCCCUUUCAACAUCGCAAGUUAUGCGCUCUUGACACAUAUGAUUGCACGAGCGACCGAUUUGCUUCCGGGGAGUCUGACGCACACGAUGGGGGAUGCGCAUGUAUAUCUUGACCACCGGCAAGCGCUCGAGGUGCAAUUGACAAGGCAGCCGAAAGACUUUCCAACCUUGGAGAUUAAGAGGGAGAUCGACUGCAGUAUUGACGGCUGGAUGCCGGAGGACUUUGACGUGUUGGCGUAUGAACCGCACGGGAAGAUUGAUAUGAAGAUGAGUGUUUGA